AUGGUUUCCAGACAAGCACAAAAACGGCUCACAAAAGAAUACAAAAGCAUUGCGGCCAACCCGCCGCCGUUCAUCACGGCCAAGCCCAACGAAGACAAUAUUUUGGAGUGGCACUAUGUCAUCACCGGUCCGCCGAAAACGCCGUAUGAAGGUGGCCAAUACCACGGCGUUCUUCGGUUUCCUGCUGACUAUCCGUUCAAGCCUCCUUCCAUCAGUAUCAUCACUCCUAAUGGCCGCUUCGCUUGCAACACGCGCCUCUGUCUCAGCAUGAGUGAUUACCAUCCGGACACAUGGAAUCCUGCUUGGAGUGUGCUGACGAUUCUUACAGGGCUCUUGAGUUUUAUGACCGGCACCGAACAAACGACCGGUCUGAUAUCAACUACAGACGGAGUCAAGCAGAAGUUGGCUGCAGAGAGCAAACGCUGGAACACAUCGCAGAACAGCCGUUUCGGCCUGGUUUUCCCGGAGCUUGCCCAGCAGAACGCCCAGGACUUGGCUGCGCAAGAACGGCUAGAGCAAGAAAUGCUUGCGAGAAACGCGCAACAGCCACUGCCGCUGCCCCUUCAGAUGGAUCAGUUGGAUCCAGAAGACCGAGCUCGCCUUUUGGUGCAGCAGGAACAUGCGCCGAUCGGCAGACUGCUUGCGGCUGCCGGGAUCUUCCUUGCGGCAGUCGUGGCGAUGUACCUUACGUUUUAA